UCCGCGGUAAUAUUGGAUUUCCAGUUUCCACCUACCUUUCCCUUCUCUGGUUUUCCCCUUUGUAUAGCAGCUUCUUGCUGCUUCUGCGUCUUCCUCUCUUCCUACCGUUCUCAUAGAAACUAACAAUGGUGGACCAUGGCAUUACCUCCCCUCUCCUUCCUUCCCAACCCUCCGAUCAGGUGGUUUUGACGAUGCGCGAUGAUGACUCUGAACGCUCAUCGACUCAAUCCCACAGUGGAAGUGACAACAGCAAUUUCCAGCAUCGUCACGACCAUCGGUCGAACGGCGAAACCGUAGUGGCUUCUUGCAAUCCGUUUCGAUCUCUCGGGUGCGAGGACUUGUACGUGUCUCUGCCAACUACAGUGGAUCCGUUCCGCAACAACACGCCGCACAUUGAGGGCGUCUACGAGUGGUUGAAGAUCGUCGUUUGUUUGCCGAUUGCCUUGGUCCGUCUCGUUCUCUUUGGACUCGCUUUGUCGAUCGGGUAUGUCGCCACGAGAUUGGCCCUUGAGGGAUGGAAGGAUAAGCAGAAUCCGAUGCCGAGAUGGAGAUGCAGGCUUAUGUGGGUCACCAGAAUGUGCAGCCGCUGCAUACUUUUUUCUUUUGGUUAUCAUUGGAUAAGACGGAAGGGAAGACCUGCACCAAGGGAAACUGCUCCAAUAAUUGUAUCUAAUCAUGUAUCUUACAUUGAGCCCAUCUUUUUCUUCUAUGAAUUAUUUCCUACCAUUGUGGCAUCAGAGUCCCAUGACUCUAUACCUUUUGUUGGCACCAUUAUUAGAGCAAUGCAGGUAGUAUAUGUCAAUAGGUUCUCACCGUCAUCAAGGAAGCAGGCUGUCCAAGAAAUAAAGAGAAGGGCUUCUAGCGAUAGAUUUCCUCGAGUACUUUUGUUUCCAGAGGGAACCACAACUAAUGGCCGAAAUCUUAUUUCCUUUCAACUUGGUGCAUUUAUUCCUGGUUACCCAAUUCAGCCUGCAAUAGUUCGCUAUCCUCAUGUACACUUUGACCAGUCAUGGGGUAAUGUUUCUUUAGCAAGGCUCAUGUUCAGGAUGUUCACUCAGUUCCAUAAUUUUUUUGAGGUAGAGUACCUUCCAGUCAUUUCAGCUCUGGAUGAUAAAAAGGAGACCGCUUCACAAUUUGCUGAGCGGACCAGUCGUGUUAUGGCAAAUUCAUUAAAUACUGUGCAAACAGGACAUUCUUUUGGGGACUUGAUGCUUUUUAUGAAAGCACAGGAGGCGAAACAGGAGAACCCUUCAGUUUAUAUGGUUGAAUUGGCUAGAAUGGAAUCAUUCAUCCGUGUAAGUAGCAUGGAAGCUGUGGAAUUCCUGGAUAAAUUCCUUUCCAUGAAUCCUGAUCCCAGUGGUCGUGUUCAGUAUCCUGACUUCUUGAGGGUUUUAGGACUUAAAGCUUGCCUUCUAGCCGAUGAGAUUUUUUCAUUCAUUGAUGUGGAGAAGAAUGGCACAAUUACGUUUAAACAGUUCUUGUUUAAAUCCGCCCAUGUCAUGAAGCAGGCAUUAUUUCACCAAGCAUGUCAAUCAGCUUUUGCUCAAUGUGGGGGCGGCAAUAGCGACUACAUCACAGAACAACAAUUACUAGAUAUCAUCCGACCUGCUAUCCCUAACUUGGAGGAGGACGAGGUUCAUAAUCUGUUUGUCGUAUUUGAUACUGACAACGAUGGGAGAGUAAGCAAAAGCGAUUUUCAUUCGUGCCUCAAAAUAAAUCCUCUGCUCAUAGCUCUUUUUAUACCUCAUCUGCAACAUAAAAACUUAUUAAGCUGUACUGACGAACAAGAGGAGAUAAUAUGAUGGGCAACGGGUAUCAUUAGGUGGUACCAAGGCACCCAAAUACUUCUGGCUUUUUCUUUCUUUCUUUCUUUUGUUUUAGGUGUCUUCAAAAGGGACUAGGGUAGGGAGUUUCUGGUAAUUGUCUAAAACGGGGGUUCAAGGGCUUCUUUUUUUAUAACCUUGCCCUGAUGAAGUACUAAAAGUCCCCAUUAUUUUGUUCCUAUGAUUUUCUUUGGUGGGUCAGUUUAACUGAGUUUCUGUUUUGUCUAGGCUUUUUGAUCAUACUGAUCUGAUCUAAGCAUCUUGGAUUAGGAUUUUCAUGAUUCAUGUAAGGUUAUUUUGUUGUAUUCUGAAAUGACUUGUAAAUUCUAUGUUUGUAACAUAAUGAAGAUGCCGACAUGAUGAAAAUUAUGAAAAAUUGAUGAUAGAAUACAUGGAUAGAGAAUCCUAUUGAAUUAA